AACCACCGUUGUUGUCCAAUUGUUUGAGAGGUACUUACACUGUUUUUGCAGCGAUUGAUAUCCCUGUGACUUCAUCAUAUCCGGCCACAAUGAGCCAUCCUUUGACCAGUGGUUCUAGCAGACCCUGGACAGGGCAUUCUACCAACCGACCAUACACAGCACAAUCCAGACCCACUACCGCGCGACCUCAGACAGCUGUUUCAUCCAGGCACGAAACAAGUUAUAUUGUGGCCGUCUUAGAGGGGAGAGGCUUAGGUAGGGACGUCGGGAUAACGGCUCUUGACAGAGAUACCGGCAAAGUUAACCUCAUUCAGCUGGCCGACUGCCCAACAUACGUCAAGACCCUUCAUCAAUUGCACUUGCAUAUGCCCUCUCUUAUACUUGUUCCAGACACUUUCCUCUCCAUUGCCAAUGAUUCUCUAGCUUCUGGGGGGAAGAAGCCUGCGACAACCUCUCUGCUUGUACAAUGCAUACUUGAGGAAUUCGAGUCUGUUUCCGUCGAGCCAGUGAUGCGCAAAUAUUGGAAUGAGACAGCAGGGCUUGAAUUUGUGAACCAACUGUGCAUUGAGGAUGACGAGCGUGCAGCUACUCUGAUAGCCUCCGCGAAUAAGUAUUAUGCAUUAUCUGCAACAAGUGCGCUCUUCAAACAUGCAGAGUAUAAGUUGAAUACUCGAUUUUCUCCUUCAUCUCUUCGUAUUCGUUAUGUUCAGGUUGACGGAACGAUGAUGAUCGAUCCUGAGACUGCACGAAACUUGGAGCUUGUCGGUAGCAUGGCAAGCAAGAAGUCUUCGCAUUCAUUGUUCGGGGUCCUCAACCAUACAUAUACUGCGAUGGCAGGGCGUUUGCUUCGCGUGAAUCUGCUGGCACCCAUUACAUCCCAAAAUGCCAUUGAUGCUCGCCUUGAUGUUGUAGAAGAACUUGUCCAGAGCGAAGAUCGGUUCAUCGAAAUCAAAGACGCUCUGAAAACCUUAAUCAAGAUGGAUUUUGACAAAAUCAUUGCAUGUUUUACAGUCGCAGAAAAUUCUGACUUUGCUUCCGCAAAGGUUGCGUCGGCACGCGUUACGCUCAUGCUCAAUUUGCGUAGCAUCGUGAAGAACCUUCCACUAGUUGCAAAUGCUUUAGAAGGCAGUCAUUCGCAACUCCUGCAAAUUGUCAAGGACAUGAUAUCCGAUAGUCGCCUUGAAGAGAUUGAGCAAGAGAUCGAAAAGCACCUGAACGACGAUGUGACACCUGUCAAGGGAGGUCUGAGAGCUGUCAACUCACGUGUCUAUGCUGUGAAGGCGAACUGCAACCGUUUGCUGGAUGUAGCAAGAGAAACUUACAAGGAGAGUAUCUCAGAUAUUUUCAACCUCAAUUCGGAGUUAAGCAAGAAGCAUGAACUCCUGCUUACUCUUGUUCACCAAGACACUGGAUUUAUCUUCCAAUUGAAGAAGUCUGAGCUUGAAGGAAAUGAACUUCCUCGAGGUUUCAUCAAUGUCGUCGCUAAGAAGGGAAAGUACACCUUUUCUAGCCUAGACUUGCAAAAACGUAAUGCACGUAUGAAGGACGCGUUGGAUGAGACUCUUGUUCUGAGUGCAAAAGUUAUCAACGAUCUCAUUCAAUUCGUCGUGGCUAACAUAGGCGCGUUGUACAAGGCGUCUGAAGCCGUUGCUCUCUUGGACAUGCUGUGGUCUUUCGCUCAUACCUCCAUUAUCCGCAGUUAUGUACGCCCCGAAUUCACAGGGACGCUUGCAAUAAAAGGUGGACGACACCCUGUGCUGGAAGGUGUUCAGACCGCGGGGAUGACUGUCCCGAAUGAUGUCUACUGCUGUGAUUCGUCGUCUUUUCAGAUCGUUCAAGGUCCAAACAUGUCAGGCAAGAGCACGUACCUGCGACAAAUUGGUUUGCUUACGGUUAUGGCGAUGAGUGGGUGCUUCGUACCGGCGGAAUAUGGGAGCUUUCGGAUUCAUGACGCACUUCUCACACGUCUGUCUAACGACGACGACAUGGAAAAGAGUCUAAGCACAUUCGCAAGUGAGAUGGCAUCUUCUGCUAUGAUUCUCGGAAUCGCUACAUCGGAUUCUUUGAUUUUAAUCGAUGAACUCGGUCGCGGCACUUCUCCUACAGAGGGUGUCGGUAUAUCACACGCUAUCGCAGAAAGACUCAUAAGAACAAAAGCCUACGUAUUCUUCGCCACGCAUUUCGGCGAACUUUCAACCACGCUGUCCCGUCAGCCAUCCGUCGUGAAUCUGCAUCUUUCUGUACAGAAAUCCCGGAGGUCUGCUGCCAGCUUCGGCAUGACAUUCCAAUACAAGAUCGUCGAUGGCGCGCCAGAAGAUAUGGAACACUACGGCUUGGACCUUGCCCGGCUAGCGGAUCUACCGGAAGAUGCGUUAAUAGAGAGUAGACGCGUCGCCGAUAAGCUGUCCGAGUUGGAAGCAAGACAACAUGAAGAGAGCAGAACAACAAAAGUCGCUAUUCGAAGGAAGGCACUCCUACGGCUCAAAACACAACUUACCCAAGCUCUAGACCAUUCGACCCUCCCUCCCGAAGAACUUCGCAACUAUGUCGCUCGUUUCCAGAAGGAGAUCACUACUGUUUUGCACGAUACACUCUGACUAUUUUCUCGCAUGGCUACUCUCUAGUUGACGGCGGCGAACUUGACGUCUUUACCUUCCUUUGCUGGACCCUGAACGAACGAGCAGCGUCGACUUGCAUUUCUUGGACUGGCAAUUUGUAACUAGACUGUGGGAAAUGUCAUCUGGACCUUCAGACGUUUCUACACUGGUGCUGCAGAUAGACCAGUCACAUCGACCUUCAUUAUGUGUCAAGCCAGUGCCACAUACUGAUUCAGCAUAGACUGGAGACCGAAACCUCCUUAGUUAGAAAGUCAAAAUCCCGCUCUUGGCUAACACCUUCAGCCUGUUUCUUUCGAUGUGGAGGAUUCGCCCUCGAUACGUUACUCUAGU